AUGUCUGCGGGUGACAGCGAGGAGGUACAACUCAACCGGAACGGCGACGAUACAACCCAAACCAUCAAACUAUACAAACGGCGAUGGUUCAUCGUGUUGCUAUUCAGCUCGUACUCUCUCUGCAACUCGUUUCAAUGGAUCCAGUACGGAAUUAUCAACAACAUUUUCAUGAAGUUCUACGGGGUAGAGUCUUUCACCAUAGACUGGAUGUCAAUGAUAUACAUGUUGACUUACAUUCCCUUCAUAUUCCCAGUCACCUGGCUACUGGAUAAGAAGGGUCUCCGUGUUAUUGCGCUAGUGGCUACGGCCAUGAAUUGUGCGGGGACUUGGAUCAAGGUGACCAGCGUGAGACCGGACCUGUUCGCGGUCACCAUGCUCGGACAGUUCUGCUGUUCCCUGGCGCAGGUGUUUAUCCUCGGGAUGCCGUCGAAGAUCGCCUCGGUGUGGUUCGGAUCGGAGGAAGUGUCCACCGCUUGCUCCAUCGGGGUCUUUGGAAACCAGGUAAGUUAUGUAGUCUAAGAUCCAAUAAGUUGAAAAGUAAUUGCAAAUAUAGCUAUUUGAUUAUGCAAUUACAAUGUAAUUUUGCAAUGUGUUAUCUGAAUGUCCCAGAUUACUCCACCCAGGUGUCCAUUUGACCCAGUUGCGUAUUGCGCAUGACUCUCAAGCCACUACUGGUCUAUAUUGGUCAGUUGGUCAUCUCUCAUCCUCUGCCCUCAAAAGUGGAAGGUCAAUGUCAUCACAUACAGUGCCUUCAGAAAGUAUUCACACCCCUUGACUUUUUCCACAUUUUGUUGUGUUACAGGGCUGAAUUUAAAAUUGAUUAAAUUGAGAUGUUGUGUUACUGGUUUACACACAAUAACCCAUAAUGUCAAAGUGGAAUUAUGUUUUUAGAAAUGUUGACAAAUUUAAUUAAAAAUAAAAAGCUGAAAUAAGUAUUCAACCCCUUGGUUAUGGCAAGCCUAAAUAAGUUCAGGAGUAAAAAUGUGCUUAAUAAGUUGCAUGGACUCACUCUGUGUGCAAUAAUAGUGUUUAAUAUGAUUUUUGAAUGACUACCUCAUCUCUGUACCCCACACAUACAAUUAUCUGUAAGGUCCCUCAGUCCAGCAGUGACUUUCAAACAGAUUCAACCACAAAGACCAGGGAGGUUUUCCAAUGCCUCGCAAAGAAGGGCACCUAUUGGUAGAUGGGUAAAAAAAAAGCACACAUUGAAUUUCCCUUUGAGCAUGGUGAAGUUAUUAAUUACACUUUAGAUGGUGUAUCAAUACACCCAGUCACUACAAAUAUACAGGUGUCCUUCCUAACUCAGUUGCUGGAGAGGAAGGAAACCGCUCAGGAGUUUCACCAGGAUGCCAAUGGUGACUUUAAAACACAGAGUUGAAUGUCUGUGAUAGGAGAAAACUGAGGAUGGAUCAACAACAUUGUAGUUACUCCACAAUACUAACCUAAAUUACAGAGUGAAAAGAAGGAAGUCUGUACAGAAUAAAAAUAUUCCAAAACAUGCAUCCUGUUUGCAAUAAGGCACUAAAGUAAAACUGCAAAAAAUGUGGCAAAGUAAUUACCGUUAUGUCCUGAAAACAAAGCGUUAUGUUUGAGGCAAAUCUAACACAUCACUGAGUACCACUUUUAAUACUUUCAAGCAUGGUGGUGGCUGCAUCUUGUUAUGGGUAUGCUUGUCAUCGGCAGGGACUAGGGAGAUUUUUUUUAAUAAUAAGAAAUGGAAUAGAGCUAAGCACAGGCAAAACUCUAGACAAACCUGGUUGUCUGCUUUCCAACGGACACUGGGAGACAAAUUCACCUUUCAGCAGGACAAUACCUUAGAACACACUGGAGUUGAUUACCAAGACACAUGGAAUGUUCCUAAGUGGCCUAGUUACAGUUUUGACUUAAAAUCGGCUUCAAAAUCUAUGGCAAGACUUGAAAAUGGCCGCCUAGAAAUGAUUUUAAAAAACAACUUGACAGAGCUUGAAGGCGUGUCGGCCAGCAACGCCUUCACAUGGCUGCAGUACGGCAUCGUUGGCAACGUCUUCAUGCGUUUCUACAACAUCGACGAGCUGGCCCUCGAUUGGCUCUCCUAUGAUCUACUUCCUGUCUUACAUCCCGCUCAUCCUGCCCAUCCUCUGGUUGCUAGACAACCGCGGAAUUCAGGGACGUGGUGAUGGCUGGCGCGGCAUCAAGACAGGUAGUGCUAGACCGGACAUGUUUCUGCUGAUGUUCUUCGGUCAGUUUGUGCUCGGUCGGUACGGUGUUCAUCCUGGGGAUCCCCUCUGUCCUGGCCUCCACCUGGUUUGGUAAAGUGAGGUCUCCACUGCCUGCUCCACAGGAGUGCUGGGAACACUGCCUGCUCCACAGGAGUGCUGGGAACACUGCCUGCUCCACAGGAGUGCUGGGAACACUGCCUGCUUCACAGGAGUGCGGGGAACACUGCCUGCUCCACAGGAGUGCUGGGAACACUGCCUGCUCCACAGGAGUGCUGGGAACACUGCCUACUCCACAGGAGUGCUGGGAACACUCCCUGCUCCACAGGAGUGCUGGGAAUACCGCCUGCUCCACUGGAGUGCCGGGAAACCAGGUUUGUCUGCAACUCUGUCUUCUGUAUCUUUUCAACUAUAGUGGACUGUCCUAG